GCGUCUCAGUGAAAUAAUUAAUUUAGGGGUAUUCUUUACACUUAAAAUAGACUGAUAAGAAUCUCUAAUUGCAAGAUCUAGUUUUAUCAACUUUUCAUAUACUAGUAGUUCGCUCAAAAUUGCUACUUCUGACCUCUUCUUGACCCUUCAAUAGCGACAUCUAGCGGGAAGCUAUCUAACUACAGCGAGGAAGGGCGUUACCUGGAUACGUGAAGGCGAUUACGAUUAGACUUUCGAUGUCUGUGUUCUGGAUAUAUCCAGCUGUCUUUCCAAAGGUAACGUUGUGCCAGGUCGUAUUCUAUUAAAGGUGUUUGUAUACUACCCUAGGGUCAUGGCUAGAUGUAUCCUACAUAUGUCCAGUCAGAAAUGACCUUUAAUCAAUCUCGUGACCGUGCGAACUUUGCCCCCCUCCCCAUUUUUUUCAACACACAGCGCCGUUACAGUGAGAGUGUUUCACCAAGAUGUUAUCUAAGGAUGUAGUGAGGACCAGGCUACAGCGGUACAACACCAGCGACGGUGACAUGUACCGUGAUCACCCCCUCGGUACUGCGGCGGUACUGGUACCACUGUUGUACAGAGAUGACACCCUGCAUGUCCUCCUGACGGUACGCUCCACUGAGGUCAGGUCACAUAAGGGAGAGGUGUGCUUCCCAGGUGGCAAGACGGAUCCUGAAGACAAAGACUCUACCCACACUGCCUUGAGGGAAGCAGAGGAAGAAAUCAACCUUAAACCAGAAGACGUGGACGUCUUGGCCAAGAUAUCUCCUGUCCCGUCUAAAGCCGGGAUACUCGUCACACCGGUCAUCGGUUUCAUUCCCGACGGUUUCCAGCCGACGCCGAACACGUCCGAGGUGUCUGACGUAUUCACCAUGCCACUCGAGAACUUUCUCCGCGCAGAAGGACACACUUCUAAAAACAUAACGUGGAAAGGACUCUCUUCCCAGAUGGAUUACUUCGAAUACGAAGACAAUGGAACGACUUACGUCACGUGGGGUUUCACGGCCGCUGUCGCCAUGAUGGCUGCUACACUGAUCUAUGAAAGGACGCCGGAUUUUGAAGUUAAGACUGCUGUAGGUUCAUAUGCAAAGUAUUUGAGUGAUCGACGGAGCAAGUUGAUUGCCACAAGGAACAGUAGUAAGAUGUGAAUGAUUGCUGUGAACUAGCGUGGAAUUUUAAAGCUCAUCUGUGUUGGUACGAUCCAUGUUGAAGUCUGUAACUUUUAUUCAACGCAGGCAAAUUCCCAAAAUACAUGCACAAUGUUGAUGAAGGUUGGACCUCUAAGUAAUAAGAUACACAAAGUAACAGAGUUACAGAAAGGUAAUGGAUGCUUUACCUUAAAUAUCUGACCGUUUUUAAAAUCGAUCCAGUUGCUUGAGUAUUACCGUUAUCGUCCAUACAAACUAAGAGUAUGCCGAUUAAUGUUGCAAUACUUGAUAUAUGGAAUACUUCUGUGUUAAGAUGUAAAAACUAAUUGCGCACAAUUUGUCAGAAAUAGAAUAUUCCAGGUAGAUUUUAGCUAAGCAGUAGACAUGAAAUGUCAAAAAUA